AUGGCCACUAAAUAUGGACGACGGCUGCCUUACAUCAUCGGCUCCGUACUCGUGCUCGCCGGCCUCGCGUUCGGGGCGGCGAUGCAUUCGAUCGAUUUGAUGUGGGCGUACAUGGUCCUCUCCGGCUUCGGCUCCAGCCCGAGUUACUCUCUGAAUGAGAACAGUCUCCUGGACAUCUCUUUCCUCCACCAGCGCGGCCGAUACAUGGGGAUAUACGCGCUUGUUCUCCAAGCCGGGAACUUCCUACCGCCCAUCGCCUGUGGCUUCAUCGUCGACUCGCAGGGAUGGCGCUGGGGAAUCUCCGCAUUGCUCAUCAUCUUCAGCGCCGAAGAGACUCUUUACCCCCGUCAAUCACAUAUUCCCGUGCACGUGGGCAAACCGGUCCGGCCACCCGCUGGCGCAGAGCAGCUCGGUCUCGCCCGUCUCUCCACGUCCAAGGAAGGAGCCAGCAUCACCGACAGGGCCGCCAGCGUCACCGAAGUCUCGGAAGAUGGGCCUACCACGGCUUCCCACGUCGUGGAUGAAAGGAUACCGACACAUUUCUACCGCAAUCGCCAUGCGCUGAUCACAAAGGAUCCCACCGUCAAGCAAGGGUACUGGCAGCUUGUCGUCUCGCCGUUCCCGUACGUCGGACUCCCCGCCGUGGCCUGGGCCAGCUUCAUCGUCAGCUUCAAGAGUUUCCUGACCAGCUUCAUCUUCAGCGCCCAGGCGAGCUUCUUCUCCAUCCCACCCUACAACUUCAGCGCUGGCACCAUGGGGCUCAUGUUCGUGGCUCUCGUGAUUGGCAACGUCAUUGGUGCGGUACUGGGAGGGUUGGGCGCGGACGGGCUCGUUCUCCGCCUGGCGCGUCGCAACAAGGGCGUGACCGAGCCCGAGCAUCGACUGUGGGCGUUUUUCCCCGUCCCGUUCUGCUGCGCCGGCGGCAUCCUCAUGUUACGGACUGGGUGCCCACUACGGCCUGCACUGGAAUCGUCUCGUGCCUCGGCCUCACGCUGA